GAGCAAUGAUAGGUUGUCAGCUCCACUGACGAGGGGGUUGGUACUUUCCUGGUGCCGUGAGUCGGUGAAAGGUCAACAUCGUAAAGCGGUAAUGCGCUGUGAGAAGGAGCAGAGACUGACAACAUAAGGACGUUUGCCUUGGUGCAUGGAAGCCGAGGCUUCAGCCACUCCUUCACAUCGCCCCAAAAAUCCCGGAGUAGCCCUGAAGCCUGUGGAUUCUGCCCCUAGUUCCGCUGAAUCGGGAUCAAGCCUGAGCCGGAGACCUGAAGUCGGCCGGGUUUAGCAAUGCUGCUGAGGACCCGGCUAAAGCGGCUGUUGGAUUUAGUCCCCGGGAAGCGGCAGCUCGGGGUCUACCGAUUCUUGCCUUGUUUCUUUGUGCUGGGCGGUGUGCUGGAGUGGAUCAUGAUAAACGUACGCAUUGGGCACGAAACAUUUUAUGAUGUGUACCGAAGAAAACGUUCUGAACGACAGUAUCAAGAGAAAUUAGAAGAACUAUCAACACCUGGAAAUCAACUUCCUAAAUAAGUCAUUUAUACAUAAUUAGAUAAUUGUCUUCUUAUUAAUGUAUUAAUUAAACUAUUUCCUUAAUAAAAUCAAUAUGCUACCUGGAA